AGUUAAUUUGGCUCCAUAGAGAAUUAUUCAAGUGCUCUGUGAAAAGUAUUUUUAUGGGGAAGAACUUGUUUUGAUUUAUGUAGUUUCGUUUCGUUUACAAACGUAUACACCUAAUGAAAUGAACUCCCCCUGUAAAGACAAGAAGAACCGGUAAUGUGCGGCGCUAUGUUGAUAGACUUUCUGUUCUACGGUAGUUCGUGUGCUCUAGCUCGUCCUUAGAUCACCUUCUCCUUCUCAAUCUCAUCAUUCGCGCAGCGAGCGUCUGUCUGUGGCGUAAAGCGCCCGUCAUAUACCGCAGGCGCAGCACGGCGCUCCAUACAUUGCGCAACACAUUCCAUUUCUCCGCCUUCUCGCGAGCAGCGCUCGCCACAGCGGAGAAGCCGUUCACGCAGCAGCAGCAGCAGCAGCAGCAGCUUUCACAGCGUAGCCCGGAGAGCAGCGAUGUUUGCCUGCAGAGCAGCGUGGCGGAGGUGCGGGCCGUUGGCUCGGGGAGCCGCCUACAGGUUGCCGCAACACGCCAUGCAACGGCAGAUGUCAUCUGUUCCCGGUGGGUCAAGGGAGUACCUGAUCUAUGCUGUGCUAUGUGGUGGAGCCUUUGUUGGUGCCGUGUCAUAUGCGUACAACAACGUGGUCGCAGACAACGCCAGGUAUGCUGAACGCAUGGCACAACUCAAUGCCAAAUUAGAGGCAGAGUGGGUGCCUAAACCAUGGCCACCUAAGAGCAAGGAUGAUGAAGAUGGUGGAGAGGAAGAACCAACUGGAAGGAGUGAUGUUGAGGAACAUGAGGCUGCAGUUGCUGACAGCGCAGCAGAGGUUGAGGUCAUGACCGAAGCUCCGGAGGUCGUGGCCGAAGCUCCGGAGGUCGUGGCCGAAGCUCCGGAGGUCGUGGCUGAAGCUCCGGAGGUCGUGGCCGAAGCUCCUGAGGUCGUGGCCGAAGCUCCUGAGGUCGUGGCCGAAGCUCCCGAGGUUACGCAGGAGGUGCAGGCAGUUGCAGAAGUGGCUGAAGCUGUGGAGGAGGCUGCCCAGGAACUGGUCAUCACUUCUGAGGAGCCUGAAAGCACUGUGCUGCUGGCAGCUGCCUCAACUCUGGAGGUACAGAAGAUGGUUGAAGGGCAAGAAGAGUGGGUGCCAGUAGAUCCUGUUGAAAGAAAUGGGGCUACUAAGUUAGCAACAGAGGAUGUAGUGGUAAUAGAACCUGCACCAAAAACAGAAACUGCUGCACUAAUUAACGUUACACCAGCAGAAGAGACUCCUGUACCAGUGGAUGUUGCACCAGCUGAGAUUGCACCAGUUGAUUUUGCACCAGAUCAAGUUGCCCCAGUUGAUGUUACACCAGCAGAAGAUGCUCCUGUACCAGUUGAUGUUGCACCAGCUGAUGUUACACCAGCAGAAGAUGCUUCAGUACCAGUAGAUGUUGCACCAUUAGGGUUUGCACCCGUUGAGGUUACACCAGUUGAUAUUGCACCAGCUCAGGUUGCCCCAGUUGAUGUUGAACCAGCAGAAGAUGCUCCUGUACCAGUGCAUGUUGCACCAGCUGAGAUCGCACCAGUUGAUAUUGCACCAGCUCAGGUUGCCCCAGUUGAUGUUGCACCAGCAGAAGAUGCUCCUGUACCAGUAGAUGUUGCACCAGCUGAGAUUGAACCAGUUGAUGUUGCACCAGAUCAAGUUGCCCCAGUUAAUGUUACACCAGCAGAAGAUGCUCCUGUACCAGUGGAUGUUGCACCAUCUGGGUUGGCACCAGUUGAUGUUGCACCAGUGGAAGAAAAUGUUCCUGUACACGUUGAGGUUACACCAGCAGAAGAUGAUGUUCCUGUACCAGUUAAUGUUACACCAGCAGAAGAGGGUUCUGUACCAAUGGAUGUUGUACCAGCUGAGAUUGCACCAGUUGAAGUUGCACCCGCAGAAGAUGCUUCAGUACCAGUGGAUGUUGCACCAGCAGAGGAGUCUCUCUCAGCAGCUAAGGAAGCAGCAGCAGAAGAGGCUCCUACACUGGCUGUUGCAGUCAUUGUUGAAGCCUCAGAACCAGUUGUUGUUGGACCAGAUGAGGAGGUUUUGUUAAUACCUGACCAGACCCAUGCAGUCGUUGAAGAGGCUACAGCACUAAUGGGGGAAGAAACCUCACUGGAAGAAGUGGCCACCAGCACAGCUGCGGGCCCUGUGGAAAACCUGGCAGAAGAUUCUGAAGCAAAGUACAUUGUUGUUGUUCUGGAGGGGAAACCCAAAGCAGAAAAGAUGCCCAAGGUUUUGGGAGUGAGUCCUAUGACUGGAAGGGUCAUCCCGGCUCCGGAUGACGAGGAAGUCCCCAUGUCGGAGGUAUCACGUAAUGUUUUAUUGAUGAACGGAUCCAUCUUAGUGCAUUAGAGCCUUUUUACAGGGAUAGUGGGCAGUGCUAAAUACAGGUGCAUCACUCCUAACACUUUGCAGUGUAAGUCUCCCCAGCAGCGGUCACAUCGACAUGCACCUUACGCUAGUCAGUUGCUGUGAUCCCCUCAGACCAGGGUCAGAUAUUUGCUUUCCUUUAUAGAGAAAUAGGGUGAUUUGUCCUUGCCAGAAUAAGUACAGGAUUAGUAAUACAAGGUUUUGUACCACUCUAACCUGGAUUUCUAAAUUUGGCUGCCCAGGGGAGGCGACGUCUUCUUAGGAUGCAAAUGCAGUAGUUUCUGAGUACUGAGUCUUUCCUUAAAUGGUAAGAGUGUGCUUGAUGUCUAACAUCCUCAGCAGGUUAGACAAAAUGUUCAGUGCUCUGCGUUCACCUUGGUUCUUCUUUCUUCCUCACAGUAAGCAGAUCAUAAGGAUGACUUCCUGCCCUGCAGAAGAGGAGGUUGUGCCUUUCUCCUGUUUUCACCCUGAAACACUUCCAUGUAGCUUGAUAUUAAUGACAGGAUGUACACUGUUUAGACCAGUGCCAGUUUGAUGGAACCAACACAGUAGCAGUGGUUUCCAUAAUAAACACAAUUCUUUUGUAGUUACAUUUCCUGUUACAUCUGUGAAUUGUAGUAUUUACAGCUAUCUGAGCCUGUUAGUCACUGUGUUUAGUCAGAAAUCACUCCACUCUAUCAUGUCCUGGUACCUGGCAUCUAUGAGCCUGUUAGGCAGGUAUCAGCUUCUGCUACUCUGGCUAAGGACAUGAACAUACGUUAUUUUUGUUUACUUUCUGUGAAGUAACACUUUGGGCUAAAUGGCUUUCCUCAAUGUAGCUGUCUUUCUACCUCAGUUUUCCUUGUGUUUUCACACUACACACCUACCCUAGAUCCCAGUUUUAUAGUUCCUGAGCCAAAAACAAUCUUCCAUGUUCAAUAAAAGCAUAUUAUUUCUAAGCCAAACAACUAGUCCUUUGUGUGGUCUAACUGGAAGAAACUGAACUAAAUGUUGCUGUGUCUUGUAUUGUGUCUUUCAACAAACUAGUAAACACAUUAGAGACUGGA